AUGGGGAACCCCAGGAAGAGGAGCAUCCGGGACGACUGGAACCACCUCUCGGUGAAAAGGAGUUCAGAAACAGACAACCUACAGGCAACUGUCACCCCAAACCCGGAGUCGUUUCCUCCCGGGAAAUUGUCCCCGAUUUCACCAACAUGGCCUUUCUCCGAAGUCCAGUCUUCCUCCGCAGUGGAUAGAAUCAAGGAUGUGCUGGGCCCGACCCCUGACAAUACCAGCGUGCUGCCAUUCUCCCGAACACCUCCUCCCAAGACACACCGCAGGCCUCGGGCUCACGGGGACCUCUCCGCUUCCCCUCACCAAGGGAGCGGAUAUAGCGCCUCCCUCGAGCCUUCCAAGGAUUCCACCGAGUCGCCGGUCCAGCCAAGACCGCCACGGGGAAGAGAAGCAGCCGGUUUCUCUGGAUCUUCAACAAAGCAGUAUUCGGAGCUGCCCCCCACGGAGGAUCCCCGCGCAGCAGGCUCCCCCACACCAGAGUUUCUGAGGUCCGGGCCAGACCUGGCCCAUCGGUCUCCCUCUCCCCCAGCACUUGGAAGUCUUCACCUGCCCCGUGGAACUCCCUCCUGGUCAAGCUUGGAAGCGGCAUCAAGACCUGCGUCCACCCAGCCAGUCACAGCGGAGGUGGCCGAAACAGUGCACAAGGGGGCGUCGCUGCCAGCUCUGAAGAGGGGGGCUGUGCCCUCACUUUUCCAGACCCCUGAGUCAGGGGCGGUGGAAAUGACCAGCAGGACACUAGCCGCCGCCACUGCAAAGGACUCCGCUAACCCACUGUACCUGUCAGCAGCUCCAGGGAAUUCUGAAGGGCCCAUCCUUUCCGCGGAACACACAUCUUCCUCUUUGGUGCCUUCUCCUCUGCCUCCCACCACAGGCGGCCGAGGACAAGCCCUCCUUUCCGGGGCGGUUCCUGCAUCACCCUCGAAGGGCAAGGGCGCAAUAGCAGACUCUCCCGCUGUCCUGCAGCCGGGAGGGAACCAUGCCUCUCCAUCCACCCCGCCCCAAAUGCCAACUCCUCAGGGAGAGGGCCACGGUGGACCCCCUCUGGCUGCCACUACCAACUUCCCCCUCUCAAGCACAUUUCCUAAUCUCCUUGCCACCACUUGGACGUUCCCGCUGCAGAAGGAAGGAGGCGGGACAGCUGUCCUAAGGAAAAACAAAAGAGCAAGUUUGACAGUUGCUCUCCAGACCUUCCGAAGUAAAGAGAUUCUGAGUCUUCACACUCUGAACGGAUUCACCUCUGCUUUCAGCACUGAUCCUAUUUCACCCACUGUCCGUACAACGCCAAGAACAAACCUUGCUUCAGAAUUACCUCCACGUUCUCUCCCCUCCACACGAGCCGCCCAGACUGUUUCCCCAUCUCCCGGCUUUUCCAGCAGCAAGCCAGAGAUGGACGCAGCUGCGACGGGCCAUUCGGAGCUGCCAGUUUCAACUUCCAAACAGGUGACGGCACUUCCCUCCUCCACUGAGGUCUAUGAUUUCUCAACAAUGGGAAGUGUGAAAAAGCCAGCGGUCACAGAUGUGUUCCGGAGUUCCCUUUCCGCAGAAACUGGAUCCCUCUCCACAGAACCAACGAUAUCUGGCUUGCUGCAGCAAACAAAUUAUGCUAUAAAUGGGCACACAAUUAACUCCACAAGUUGGAAACCUCACUCAGCUUCCUCUCCUGCCCCCAGUGUUUUAGCUUCAGCUGUUAAUACAAUAGACCCCCAGAAUCUCAAAGACACUGCUGGGCAUGUAGCAACUGCAGAAGGCUUUGGCAUUCAGGAUUCAGUCCUUGAUACAGGCACCAACCAGCCCAUCCAACAGUCAGAUGUUACCAUGGUUGGAAACCAAACGGGUGUCUUGUCUACAAGUAAUAACCAUCCCAGAGACUUCCAAGCAACUGAAGUUGGAGAUGACCCAUCCACAAGUCAACAAGUCCCGUCUCAUCCCCAUGUACAGCAGCCUGUCCAUCCAACAUGGCCUCUCUUGCUACCCUCUCCAAGUCUGCCUUCCACAGUUGGCUUGCAGGAGAUGUUUUCAGAUGGAAUAGAUACAAGUUCCAAAAUUUCCAGCAACUUCUACCCAUCUCCUGCGGUACAUGCUUCCACACCAUUCCAGAGUAUCCCACGAUAUCGCUCUACUGCUGAAUCUCCUCUGUCAACCAGGGCCUCACUCAGGACCCCAUCCAAAGUGCUUCCGCCUUCUCAGCGCCCCAAGAAAUGGACAGUGGACUUCGCAGUGGCGUCCAAGGCAGAACCAACAGCAGCUGCAGCAGCAUCCACGUUGCUCCUGAGGAAAUCAAGUCCGGCGGCACUGUCUGCAGCCCUGGUCGCUAAGGGCCCUGGCAGCAGCCCCUCGGCCGUGGCCUCUGGAUUAGUCAAGAGCAGUUUGACCACUGCUCUAGCUAGACAUGUCACAAACAACACGGCAUCGGGCCCGAAGGCGACACCAGGGCCAGGCCACCCAGCCUCCUCGUUCACGCCAACCUACAUGUUUGCAAAAUCAGCACACACCACGAGCACUCACACAGCCAUGCAAGGGAACACGGGCACCGCCUCCGGCCUGUUGUCCACAACACACCUCCCCAGGAAGCCACAAGCCAUGCACACGCACCUCCCAAACCCCACCAACCCAGACCUGCCCAGGGCGUCCACCACACGCUCGCUGACAAUCACGGCCGCCUUGACGUCCGUCACCGCACCAGUAAGGGCCACGCGGUUGUUUCCCGCUGUGUCGACGGCUGUGGUCACAACUGGCAAAACGGCGUCCAACCUGGAGUGUCAGAUGUCCAGUAAACUCCUGGUGAAGACAGUUCUCUUUCUGACGCAGAGGAGAGCGCAGAUCAGUGAAACCUUGAAGCUCAGUAUAGCCAAAGGGCUCACGCAGGCAUUGCGCAAGGCUUUCCACCAGAAUGACGUCUCAGCUCACGUGGACAUUCUGGAACAUUCUCAUAACGUCACAGUGGGUUAUUAUGCUACCAAAGGGAGGCUGGUGUACUUGCCUGCCGUGGUGAUCGAAAUGCUGGGUGUUUAUGGGAUCAGCAACGUGACUGCAGAUCUGAAGCAGCAUACCCCAAGCUUGCAGUCCGUGGCGGCUCUCGCCUCCCCGUGGCAUCCCCAGCCUGCAGGCCACUUCCAGCUGAAAACAGUGCUUCAGUUUGUGAGCCAGUCCGACAACAUACAGUCCUGCAGGUUUGCUCAGACGAUGGAGCAGAGGCUACAGAAGGCCUUCCAGGAUGCCGAGAGGAAGGUGCUGAGUACCCCCAGCAACCUGACGACUCAGAUUGUGAGCACGUCCAACGCCUCCCAGACUGUCACCUUGGUGUACGUGGUGGCCAACCGGAGCUCUUUCCUCAAUGGCACCGUCGCCAGCAGCCUCCUCCGCCAGCUCUCAGCUGAGCUGGUGGGGUUCUACCUCACCUACCCGCCGCUCACCAUUGCUGAACCGCUGGAAUAUCCCAACCUUGACAUAUCGGAGACAACCAGAGACUAUUGGGUAAUUACAGUGCUGCAGGGCGUGGACAAUUCGCUGGUGGGUCUGCACAACCAGAGCUUCGCCCGGGUCAUGGAGCAGCGCCUGGCCCAGCUGUUCAUGAUGUCCCAGCAGCAAGGCCGGCGGUUCAAACGGGCCACCACCCUGGGAAGCUACACCGUGCAGUGCUCCUUGUCAUGUGCUUCCCGCUGCCUCUUCCCCGCAGCCGUGGUGAAGAACCCACCCAACAACCUGUGGAUCAUUGCCGCGGUGCUGGCGCCCAUCGCCGUGGUCACGGUCAUCAUCAUCAUCAUCACUGCCGUGCUCUGCCGGAAGAACAAGAACGACUUCAAGCCAGACGCCGUGAUGAACCUGCCUCAGAGAGCAAAGCCUGUGCAAGGCUUUGAUUAUGCCAAACAGCACCUGGGCCAGCAAGGGGCGGACGAGGAGGUCAUCCCCGUGACGCAGGAGACGGUGGUCCUCCCGCUCCCUGUCAGAGAUGCUCCUGCCUCGCAAGAAAGGGACGUCGCCCAGGACGGAAGUACCAUCAAGACGGCCAAGUCCACCGAAACCAGGAAGAGCAGGUCACCCAGUGAGAAUGGCUCUGUCAUCAGCAACGAAUCAGGGAAGCCCAGCCCAGGGAGGCGCUCGCCCCAGAAUGUAACGGCACAGCAGAAAGCGACAAAGGAGGAGGCACGGAAGAGAAAUGUGCCCGCAAGUGAUGAAGAGGAAGGCGCAGUUCUGUUUGACAGCUCCGGGAAGGCGGCUGCUGAUCCCUUUGACUCGUCCUCUGGAUCCGUGCAGCUCAUCGCAGUCAAACCCACAGCCCUCCCUGUGGUGCACCCCACCCCGGACCGGAGCCAGGAGGCCGCAGCGCUCAACGGUGAGGUGAACAAAGCCCUGAAGCAGAAGUCAGACAUCGAACACUACCGGAACAAGCUGCGCCUCAAAGCCAAGAGGAAGGGGUAUUACGAUUUCCCUGCAGUGGAGACAGACAAAGCUCAGACGGAAAGAAAAAAGAUGUAUGAGAAAGCCCAAAAGGAAGUCGAGCACGUGUUGGAUCCAGACCCAGAACUGUGCGCCCCCUUCGCCGAGUCUAAAAGCAGGCAACAGAUGAAGAACUCUGUCUACCGAAGCCGGCAGUCUCUGAAUAGCCCAAGUCCGGGGGAAACGGAGAUGGACCUCCUGGUGACACGGGAGCGACCCCGCCGUGGAAUUCGUAACAGCGGAUAUGAUACUGAGCCUGAAAUCAUAGAGGAAACCAACAUUGACAGAGUUAACGAGCCGCGGGGCUACACCAGGUCGCGGCAGGUGAAGGGCCACUCUGAGACGUCCACGCUGAGCUCCCAACCCUCCAUCGACGAGGUCCGGCAGCAGAUGCACAUGCUGCUGGAGGAGGCCUUCAGCUUAGCAUCCGCGGGCCACGCGGGCCAAAGCCGGCACCAGGAGGCCUACGGCUCAACACAGCACCUGCCCUACUCGGAGGUGGUGACCAGCGCCCCGGGGACCAUGACGCGGCCCAGAGCUGGGGUGCAGUGGGUGCCGACCUACCGCCCAGAAAUGUACCAGUACAGUCUGCCCCGGCCGGCCUACAGGUUCUCCCAGCUUCCUGAAAUGGUCAUGGGCUCUCCCCCUCCGCCUGUACCUCCAAGGACUGGCCCCGUGGCGGUCGCUUCUCUCAGGCGGUCCACCUCCGACGUUGGCAGCAAGACCAGGAUGGCCGAGUCCACUGGGCCCGAGCCGGCCCAUCUGCACGACAGCGCCUCCUUUACGCAGGUGUCCAGAGGCCCCGUGUCCAUGGCGCAGUUGGAUCAGUCAGCUUUAAAUUACUCAGGCAAUACGGUGCCCGCAGUGUUCGCCAUCCCAGCUGCCAACAGACCGGGCUUCACCGGCUACUUCAUCCCGACGCCCCCCUCGUCCUACAGGAGCCAGGCCUGGAUGUCCUAUGCAGGAGAGAACGAGCUCCCGAGCCAGUGGGCCGAUUCGGUCCCUCUCCCAGGGUACAUCGAGGCUUACCCCCGGUCCCGUUACCAGCAGAACUCCCCCUCCAGGCUCCCUCGGCAGUACAGCCAGCCAGCCGGCAUGCACCCCAGCUUGGAGCAGGGCCCUGUGCCCUCCACGGCGGCCUCCCAGCAGAGCCUUGCGGAGAACGACCCUCCCGACACUCCCCUGACCAACAUCUCCACGGCGGCCCUGGUGAAAGCCAUCCGGGAAGAGGUGGCCAAGCUGGCCAAGAAGCAGACGGACAUGUUCGAGUUCCAGGUCUAAGGCCUUAGCCCCGGGGGCUUCCAGACUCUGAGGAAACAGUCUUCGGGCUCCUCAAGCCUAAUGCGUUGGGACUUGAGGCAUAGACAGUGGGUGAGUCUUCCUCAGCCUUCGUUUCUGAAAAGGUGAACCAUGGGGCUUCUGGGAAACAGAGGACACUCUUGAACGCCUGGAUUCUCGGCCUAUUCAACUGAUUGUAUGUCAAGAAGUCCCUGCUUGGGACCGUGUGCUUGCUGUUCUGUUGUAUUUAAACUGCCGGUGUAUUUUCCUACGGAGCCUUAGUCGGGAGAGACACUAACUAAUCCGCAGAUUCCUGUCCAAUGCCACACUUCAACAAGUCGCCAGAAGGUGGAGGACACAGCUCUAUCUUUGGUGACUCCUGCAUGUUAACUGUUUCUGUGUUAAAGGCAAUGCAGGCGUGUGAUUGCGCACCAGGCCGUACUCUCUCUCAUUCAGCCAUGACUGUACUCGUUAAGAUCACCUCCAGUCUGGAAGGGAGGCACUGACUCCAGGCAAGAAACCUGAGUCCUUUUCUUUCGGAGAUUCCUAUUCAAGGUCAGGUGCAUCGGAUGAAAACCAGUGCUGUCAAUGACGGUACCGCUCCCCCACCCCCCAUUAAGCAGAAGCCAAGAAAGAGAGAAGAUGAGAGGGAAUGGUUGGUGUGUGUUGACAGAUUUUUGAAAAGGUGUUGUUUUCUUGGAACCGGAGCACCCUGUGAGCUGGGACCCGGCUGAAAGACCAGCAGUGCUAAGAGCUUUGAGGGUCCUACAAAAGAAAAGCAGUUACUGGUGGAGCUUUUUCUUUGCCCUGCGAUGAAGGUGGCCUGAGAAUGAAGCUUCUCUCUCUAUUGGGAUAAGAGGUACAUCAUUGAUUUUAUGAGAAACAUCUCUGUCUUUUCAACAGUGACAUCCAGCCUGGGCUGCCGAGUGACACAAAAGGAGCUAGUAAUUGAUGCCUGCUAGAAGCAGGAAGCGUGGGUCCAGUCUCCCCAGCCUGCAGCCCCUGUUUAUCGAAGCUUCUGAAUGUAGAAAAUCGGUUGAUUUACGUUUAAAUGUAAAUAACAUUUUAAAAAGUGUUUAGAGGUAGCCAGUCCCCUCCUUCCCCCACCCCCUGUGGUUAAUGGACACCGGAGGACAUUCGCUGAAAUGGCCAGGCUGCUGACCUUGUGAGGGUGAUGUUGUGAAUCACCUGCCCUGCCAGGGCGAGUCGGCCUCCAGAGCUCUGGGUGGGCAGCGCCUCCCAGCCCCGAGUCACCUGCUGCACAGUCAGCGCGAAGCCGAACAGCUGCUGACCUCACUCAGGUGGCCUCGGGGAGAAAACGCAGGUCCCCUCACCACACUGAGGGCCCACUUGGUGUCUCUUGGAGAACGAGGGCCUGUCCUACCUUCACCCAACACCCAUCUCGCUUCAGCUGUCUCCAUUCCCUGAGCCCGUCUUUCCAUUCUCCUCACGAGUUUCUUUGGUCUUUACUGAGAGAAGGUGGAAAUUUCAAAGUGAGAGAAGAGUAGGAGUGGAACUGAUUAGAAUGAGAGAUUCGACUGUCAAAGCACAGACUUUUCACAGAAGCGGUUUUUAUUUCCCAAUGGCCAGUUGCUCUUUCUGGGAUGUUCCGGAGAGGACUUGUCAUGGAAUUCCCAAACAAGCCUCUUGUUCGGAUGAUGUUAGGUAGAGUCUUUUGGUAUGCUGGUUGAUCUUUCAUAGUGUUAGCUUUUUGUUACUUAAAAAAAAAAUCAGCUAUAAAUAAAAUGUAUUUUUGUAAUUUCCAUGUGUAUAUAUAUGGUAUAUUUCUACCAAUGGCUAGUUGUUGUAAUCCAAAACCUAAAUCAGCUUGGAAAACCCUAUGGACAGUAUAAGAUUUUAUCUACAGAUGAACACAAUGCCUAAGUCUAUCUAAAUUGGUAUUCAAUGCACUUGAAUGAACAAAGAGCC